AUGCUGUUUGUGAUUUGGUCCAUACUUCUCUUUAGUUUGGGGACAGGGUUUCCUACCAGACACAAGAAUGUUGCCCACAAGGCUCACGGUCACCCAGUUCACAGUGGCGGGGUCCAAUAUGUCCCUGAUGCUUUGGAGCAACAGAACCAGGUCCAGAGUCUGCUGCCCGAGCCCCACAGCCACCAGAGAAGAUGGUCCCACCCACAGCACCGCUCCGUCGGUGUUCUGCCACAGCCGGAACCCGAGGAGGAGACCAAACCCUUCAUCCUGGAUCUAAAGAACUUCCCCGACCUGGCCAAUGCUGACAUCAACUCACAGAACCCCAAUAUACAGGUAACCAUUGAGGUGGUUGACGACCCUCAGAUGGAAGUAGAGAUGGACCUUGCCAAGGAAAAAGACUGGCUACCCUCCUCUUCCUCCUCCCCCUCCUCCACAGUAGAUUGGCUCGGAGGCAAGAAGCUUUUCUGGCCGCUUUUCUGGAGUUACACCGAUGCCGAUUCCAGCGAGGACAGCAACAGCCGGUCAGGCGUGGAGGAAACUGGCGAGGAAGAGGAGGAGGAAGAUUACUCUCUGGAUUACGGCAGUGAGGAGCCCUUACCCAGUGGAGUAGGCGGAGACUGGGAUAGUCGUUGGAACGAAGGCUGGGAUCCAAUGCAGAGCUACUAUGAGAAAGAGACAGAUGAGUGGACUCCCUGGUCUCCAUGUUCAGUGACAUGUGGACACGGUGAGAGGAAGAGGACCAAGUCUUGUGGCUACUCCUGCACACUGACAGAAGCCUCAAAGUGUGACCUGGAGCCUUGUCCAGGUGAUGUCAACACAGUGGUAGAGCCCUUCCCUUUCGAGAUGGAGAAUGGCACAGAGCCAUUUGGGACAGAUGUGGACAGCUGUGAGAAGUGGCUCAACUGUAAGAGUGAGUUCCUCCAGAGGUACCUCCACCAGGUCUUGUCUGAGCUGCCCAGCUGCCCCUGCUCCUACCCCUCUGAAGUGGGGUACACUGUGGUCAGUGUCUAUGAUGAGACUCAUGCCCGACCGUUCCGCUGGCGUGAUGCCAGUGGCCCCAAGGAGCGCCUGGACAUCUACAAGCCGUCAGCACGUAGCUGCAUCCGCUCAGCUCUUUCCAGCGACUCGUCCACUCUUGCAGCGCAGCACUGUUGUUAUGACGAUCGUGGGCGGCUGAUCACGCGGGGAAAAGGCGCAGGCACGCCUAACCUGAUCAGCACCGAGUUCUCGCCUGAGCUGCACUUCAAAGUGGAUGUGCUGCCUUGGAUCCUUUGCAAGGGAGACUGGAGUCGCUUUCAUGCAGUUCGGCCACCCAAUAAUGGACUGAGCUGCCCAGAAAACCCCCAUGAAGACGUGUUCAUGAAUGAACUGGAGGAAGCCAGGGAGUACUAAGAACUA